AUGAAACAAUCACGUGCCUUAGAUGAAGUAUUGAAACUCUUGACUGGAUUAGAUAAUGAUUCAACGAAACGUGCAAACAUAGUUGAAUAUGUAAAAGCAAAAGGAACAAUUGCUAUAUUUGCUUAUGCAUCUUUGAUUUGGAAUCCUUGUGAACAUGUAGAACAGAUUAUUCCUGACUGUCUUUUGGGCGGUUAUAUCAAAGGAUUUAUUUGUCAAGAUUUUAUCUAUCGAGGAACAAAGGAUUUUAAAGGUCUAACAAUGGGUUUAAAACCAUGUGACCAAGGUUUCGUUAAAGGUUAUCUCUUGAUAGCUGGUGCUAAUCAACUGAUUCCAUUUAUUGAAGCUUUUAUCAAACGUGAAACUCCGAUUAGUGUUGAUGGUACUAAAAUGGAUAUAUAUACAUAUGAUUUUCUUCCUGUGAUAAUGUCGGAUGGAAAAACUAUUGAAUGGGCAUUGACUUGUGUUGCUAAUAGUAGUAGUCAAUUCUAUUCACCGAUUACAUUUUCAAUCAAACAACAAGCAGAGAUUAUGAGUCGAGCUUAUGGUAUCAAUGGAACUAAUUUUCAAUAUUUGCAUAAUACUCUGCAUACUUAUAGACAGCUGUCUUUAAUUGAUACAUUUACUGAAGAAAUGGAAAAACUUUAUGCUACUGUUCUUAUUUGCCGUCAAUAUUUAACCAAAGAUGAACGCCAAUGGCUCGAAAGUUUUGAAAAAUUGAAAACCAAAGACGAACGAGAAUCAGCGAUCGAAUCACGAAAGACAAACAAUGUUCGAAUGACGAAACAAAAUUUAUUCACUCGCAUACGUUCGAUAGAAGCCUUAGAUGCUCUCAAACAUAACCAAAUGGUAUCGGUCUAA